UUCACGAGAAAGCUAGAGGGGUCCCUUCCUCAGUGCUAAAACCUUCCGUUAUAGCUGCAAGAUAUUAUUGCCCUUUCUAGGGUCGUGAACACACAGUUACUUCGUGGCUGAGAUACAAAGUGGCGUCUCUUUCCUGUGUAGUGAUAGUGAAAUCGAAUACUGUAGUUUCAUUUCAUCUUACCAUGGCAAUGAAACGUCGUUUGGAAAAUUAUGAAAUUGAAAGGCAACUGCUAUUCAAUUCUGAUUCGGACUGCUGCACAGAAGAUGAAGAUAAUGAUUGGGGCUACGAAGAUGAGGAUGAUGAAGAACUCGUGCAGCCACCGCCAUCAUCACUAUCAUCAUUGUCGUCAUCACCAUCGUCAUGGGGACCACCACAACAGCAUCGCAGAAGGGGUGUGAAUAAUUUUUCUGGUGAAGCAGUGGGGAUAAAUCUAAACAAAGCUCCACAUGUGAAUAAGGAUUCCACUCCACUCUGCGUGUUCCUGUUAUUCUUCAGAGAAAUUAUCCAUCUGCUGGUGGAAGAGACUAACAGAUAUUAUCACCAAUAUCUCGACAGUCUUGAAGACGGACCUUCUCCACUCCCUGACAUUACUGAUUCCGAAAUGUUUCUUUUUUUAGGGGUCAUUAUUCAAAUGGGCCAUGACAUUAGAGACCAAAUAAGAGACUACUGGGCGACUGCUGAGCAAUUUCUCACGUCUUUCUACGGUAAGACAUUGAAACGCGACCGAUUUCUUCAUAUUCUUCGCUUCCUUCACUUUACAGACAACAAUGCAGGAAUUGACAGACAAGCCGACAAUUAUGACCGACUAUGGAAAAUUCGGACUAUUUUUGACACUCUAAAUGACGGAUAUGAAAAAUAUUAUAAUCCUUCGGAGCAUCUGGCUGUUGACGAAAUAAUUGUAAAAUUCAAAGGGAGGGUUAUUUUCAGACAAUACAUUCCUAAGAAACACAAACGUUUCGGAAUCAAAAUCUUCAAGCUCUGUGAUUCAGCAGGCUAUACAUACGACAUGAAGGUUUACUUAGGUAAAGACAGAACACGCGCUGACCAAGAAGUGACUGCGACGCAUGCAACUGUCAGGGACCUCUGCAAAAGAGUAGAGGGGGUUGGGCACAAACUGUACAUGGACAAUUUCUUUUCGUCGCCAGACUUGUUCGACGAACUAAUGACGAAAAAAAUAAGCUGUUGCGGAACAGUCAGACCAAAUCGGAAGGGCCUACCACAAGACAUACGCAACAGACAACUUCGAUUGAAGAAAGGAGACAUACGGGUUAGGGUGAGGGGUGACAUGACAGUAUUAGUUUGGAAAGACAAACGAGAUGUAUAUAUGUUGACUAAUAUGCACGCUCCUCCAGCAGAAGGCAAUUUCUGUGAUGAACACAGAAAUGCGAUAAAGCCUGCAAUUGUUGCGGAUUACAACAUGCACAUGGGAUAUGUUGACAAAGCGGACAGGAUGACAAACAGUUAUUCCAUCAGCCGUCGGACUUGGAAAUGGACGAAGAAACUAUUCUUCCAUUUACUAGAUCUGACGAUUCUGAACAGUUUCAUUGUGCUGUCAUCCUGUGGUGCGAAAAUAUCACAUAGAGACUUUCGUCUAACCCUUGUGCGCAACAUGCUGGAGCAUGCCGCAACGUGUCGCCCUCGCCCCCAGGGGCCCUUAGGUCGACCUCCUGCUCUUUCAUCUACAAUAUAUCGCCUAGAGGAGGCCAGUCGACAACACUGGCCAAACCAUUCAGACAAGAGACUGAACUGCCGCGUCUGUUCUGCACGUGGGAAAAGGAGAAGAAUACAGACAAAGUGCGAGAAAUGUGACGUGGGCCUGUGCAUUCUCGGGUGCUUCAAAGAAUAUCAUACAAAGCCGAGAUUUAGUUAGAUGAUGCAGGGGGUGGAGCCUAUAUAUACAUCAAGCAGAUAACAACAAAAAGAGAGGAGACAAUUAGAAGAUCACGGUUCCACAGGACACUGCAGUGACAAUCAAGAAAGGGAUUAAAGUCUGCAAAUUCAAAAGCAAAUUAAUAUACUAAAAUUUCCUAACAUUAUCAGCCAUCUCAAUGGUGAGCAGGGAACCAAUGCUUCAGACAUAAUCUGUGCAAUAUGGGGAAUAAUAACAAGUCUAUAUCCAAGCCAGUUGGUUGGUCACUCAGUCAGUGUAAAGCUUCUCCUUUAUUGUGAGAUUUGAGGUUCUCAAAAGUGUGACUGUGAAGGUCAUUGUGAUGCUGUGUAGUCUGAGAGAUGUUUUCUAACAUUUCAGAGCAUGUGCUGCCACCAUCUUCAGCACAAUGGGAAAAUCAAAUUCCUUGAAAACAGUAAACCUCUAGCAGAUUACAUGGCAUUACAUCUCAGAAGGUAGUAUACCUAUUUCUCGUUGCUUGCACAUUGGACACUGGAAGGGCUGAGUCAGGUUGAGCAAUCUGCAAUCCCACUGUAGCCCCUGUUCAGCAUUGUUUAACUUUCCCAAUGGCUAGUUCUUCAAAUUUAGUCUGAUCUUAUCAUAACAUGACAUAUAUACUUAUAAUUUUAUGUUGCUGUCAGUUGUGAGUUAUUAAAGACUUGAAAGAGGAAUAUGCACUCAUACAUGUGGGAAAUUGUGAAUGGAAAUAGAACUAAUCACACAAAUAGGGUCUAAGUCAGAUUCUUGCUUGUAACUGUACUGUGCCUAACAUUGUUUUUUGAAACAUUGUAAGACAGUAUUUUAAUGUGUAUUUUCAAAAGUCAGCCAUGCAAACACUGAAUAUUCAAGAAAUUCAGGCACAGUUUUGACUACAUAACUCAAAGAUUAAAAUAUAUUGCUAUCUGUUGCAACAGUAUGUGAGAUCUCUUAGCACAUCUGUGUCCAUCCAGAUGCAUGAAUAAAGCUUGCUACAAUAAUGUAAUGAAAAACUAAUCUUUUGUUUAAACUACAUUGAAGAAUAUGGAUUAUCAAGAUACGAAAGAUUCCACAAGGCUAGACUGACUACAACGAAAAGUGCUAUAUUGCAAUAUAUAUUACAAUGUUUCAGAAAAUUAAUUUUGUUGGUACAUAUACUUAAUUAUUAUCUGUUGUUCCAAAGCCAGUGAUCAUUAAUGAAGUAACAAAGGGUAUUUCAUGAAUACGAAUAAAAGAGAUGCCACUUAUGUUAUCACCAGUAUUAUUUACUAAUUUGUUUAUAUGUGAAAAAUGAAUGAUGUGGGAACUUCAAACUUUGCUGGGUAAAUAAAUUCUGCCUCUUUAUUUUUAGGCCUACCAAUCCCACAGGUGUAUGAAGCAACUGAAAAUAUUUUCAUUGUAAUUUAAAAUUAAUUAGAAGACUGCUUUCUUCAUAGUCACCGCCGUGAAAGCCUCAAAUCUUACAUAAAAUUAAUUAGUCCUCUGGUAGUACAUGACACGUCACCAUCACUCAUACCAAAGCCCAACACACAUAAACUAGCUCCACCCACCUCACCCCACUCACAAAUGAAGAUGGGAAUUUCUGAUACAAAUUUAUAACUGGCUAUGGGCUGGAUGACCGAGGGAUUGGAGUUCAAUUCCCGGUAGGGUCAAAAAUUUUCUUUUCUCC